AUGGCUUUUCGCAAAGUAAAGGUCGGGAUUAUUGGCUGCGGAGAGGUGUCGCAGGUGAUACAUAUACCAAAUUUCCAACAUCUCUCGGACAUAUUCACUGUCACUUACUUGUGUGAUGUUUCGGUUCUGGCUCUGGAGCAUUGCAGGAGCAAGAUCUCCAACCCGCACCUCCAGAUCACCAAGAAUGCGGAAGAGCUAUGCCAGUCCCAAAACGUGGAGGUCGUACUUGUUGCAAGUAAUGACGCGUACCAUGUUCCGCAUAUCCUGCUCGGCUUGAAAUACAACAAGUUCGUCUUUUGCGAGAAACCCAUGGCUCUGUCGAUAAAGGACGCGGAAGCCGUCUUAGAGGCUGAAAAACUUUCAUCUGGCAGGGUGAUGAUUGGGUAUAUGAGGCGCUAUGCUGGAGCCUUUGUCGACGCCAUAAACGAGAUCGGUGAUAUUGGCGGCAUCUCUCAUGCAACGGUCAGGGAUAUCCUAGGCCCGAACUCGUGUUUUGUCUCACAGUCCGGGACUUUUCCAAAUAAAUUCUCUGAUCAUAGUGAAAAUGAUGCAGUAGAACUUGCUACAAGGACGAGUCAAGCCUUGGAACAGGCACUGACUGUCGAGCUUGGUAUUCCAGUUAACCCAGCAACUGCCAAUAUGUGGAAGCACCUGACUGGCCUGGCGUCUCAUGACCUAAGUGCCAUGAGAGAGUGUCUUGGUAUCCCUGAUAGGGUACUUGGUGCUUCUAUUUGUUUAGAUACAGGCCCUCAGUUCUGGAGUGCCCUGCUCAAGUAUCCAGGCUUCGCCGUCUGUUAUGAAUCAGGGUGGGAUGAGAUACCACGAUUUGAUGCCAGCAUCGAAGUGUUUGGAAGGACAAAGUCUGUGAAGGUCUGCUAUGAUACCCCAUAUGUCAAGGGACUGCCAACAACCAUGGUUGUUCGACAACUAGGCCCCAAUGGCGAAUACAUAGAAUCCACCGUUCGAAAGACAUAUGAGGAUCCGUUCACUCUGGAGAUGAAGGAAUUAUAUGAAGCUGUUUUGAAUGACGAGAAGAUAAUCAAGACAACAGCAACGGAUGCGAUGGCGGACAUUAAGAUUUUCCAAAUGAUAAUGAAGACUGGGUAUGAACAGUCGCUAUGA